AUGGUUGCUGCCAGUUCACUGGCUUGUGCUAGAAGAGGCUGGAUAAAUGUUGAUGUUGACAAGAUUGAGUGCGAGUCAUGUAAUGCAAACUUGCAGUUCGUCUCAUCUGCUUCCUGGACACCUACAGAAGCUGAGACUGCUGUGGAAGACUUUGCUAAACAGCUAGAUGCAGGGCAUAAAGUCAAUUGUCCUUGGAGAGGAAACAUCUGUGCAGAAAGCUUGGUGCAGUUUCCUCCUGCUCCUGAAUCAGCUCUUAUUGGUGGCUAUAAGGAUCGCUGUGAUGGGCUCCUACAGUUUCUUUCCCUCCCAGUUGUGGCUGCUUCUGUUAUUGCUCAGAUGCGAGCUUAUCGGGGUCCAGAAAUUGACCGCUUUCUUGUUCAAGGACAGGCUUUCACAGCAGGGGAAUCUGGCUUUAGGGCUGAGAACGUCUCAGUAACAGAAAACACCAGAGAAGAGGCCUUCUACAUAUAUUCCCGUUCUCAGAAGUUGAUAAGCUUGUGUGGAUGGGAACCAAGAUGGCUUCCAAAUGUUCAAGACUGUGAAGAGCAUUCUGCUCAAUCAGCUAGGAAUGGAUGUUCCGUUGGUCCCACUGGAGACCGUGGGCAUCUGCAAGAUGUGGGUCCUAGCAAGAAAUCAUUCUCUGCUUCAACCAGGAAGGAAUCGAGAAAGAAUGAGUUAGUUGUUACUGAGUCUAAAUGUGAAUCUAGAUCUCCUUUGUUAGAUUGUAGUCUAUGUGGAGCCACAGUUAGAAUCUGGGACUUCUUGACUGUAUCUCGCCCUGCACGUUAUGCUCCCAAUAGCAUAGAUAUUCCUGAAACAAGCAAAAAGAUGGUGUUGACACGUGGGGUAAGUGCUGCCAGUGGAAUAAGUGGAUGGGUUGCUACUGAUGGUAUAGACAAAGAGCAGAUGGAGGAUCAUGAUGAAGCUGGAACAACAGAUGAAGGGAAAUCACAGUCAAAUGUUGGGGCAGAUUUGAAUCCAACCAUGACUGCUGGUAUAUCCUCUACACAGUUGCACACAUCUGUGAGAUCAGAAAAGUACCAAGAUGUUAAUAUGGGAAGAGAUCUCAUAAUUGGGCAGCCUUCUAGUAGUGAGGUUGGUGAUCGUGCAGCUUCAUAUGAGUCACGAGGACCCAGUACACGAAAGCGGAACUUGGAUGAAGGUGGCAGCACUGUUGACACACCACAGUUGAUGCAACAGGCAGACAGCAUCGAAGGAACUGUCAUUGACCGUGAUGGUGAUGAAGUUGAUGGUGGUGGACAGUACUCAGCUGGGCCCUCAAAGCGAGCUCGUGACUCGGAGGCUUUUGAAACUUAUCAUUCAUCAUUUAGAAGAGAUUCAUCUGGUGCUGGUCCUAGCCAUUCAGUGGGCUUUGACAUAGAAACAGAUACCCAUAGAGUUGAUCCUUCUCAUCCAGGACCAGAACAAAAUAUCCAUAUCGCAUCAACUAGAGAUUCUACACGUGCUUCCUCUGUUAUUGCAAUGGACACAUUCUGUCACAGUGCAGAUGAUGAUUCUAUGGAAAGUGUAGAAAAUUGUCCUGGAGAUGUUGAUGAUGCCCAUUUCCCCUCCACAUCAGGGAUUAAGAAUUCUGAUUUGAACAACACAUCUGAAUUGAACUACAGCAAUCAAGCACAACAAAGCACCUGUCCUGCAACUUUGAGAAAUACAGGUGAAAUGGGUGUUAGCAGCACAAAUGACGGUGAGGAAGUAUUAAACACUGAUACCAUGACUGCCCAUGGGAGGGAUGGGCCUAGCUUUGGUAUUAGUGGGGGAAGUGUUGGCAUGGGUGCUAGCCAUGAAGCUGAAAUCCAUGGAACUGAUGUUUCUGCCCAUAGAACAGAUAGCGUUGUGGGUGAUGCAGAACCAGUUGCUGAAGUCACUGAAAAUCAGGGUCAAACUGGUGAAUUUGCUCCAGAUCCUGGGUUGAUGGGUGAUUUUGUCCCCGAAGAAAUGGAUCGAGAGGAUCCUCAUGGUGACAGUCAGGACUUCAUGUCUCGAUCUGUAGGAAGGGCUGAUAGUGGCUCAAAGAUUCUUGGUUCAAUGAAGGCUGAAUCUGUUGAAAGUGGUGAGAAAAACAGUAGUAUGAACAUUGUACCUCAGGAGAACAGUGCUCAUCCCUCACUUUCUUGCAAUGCGAUUUUAUGCUCUGGAUAUGAAGUGUCUAAGGAAGAAGUGACUCAAGGUCGCAAGGCAUCACCUGCUGAUGACUCCGCCUACCCUCAGUCAGAUUUUUUGGUGGCAAAUGGCAUAGCCAGAGCCUUGAGCCGAGAGAUGACAGAUGAUAGACAGCCGAGAGAGACGAGAGAGACUGAGGGAGCUGUUCUGCGUAGAGUGAUGAUCGACACCAAGCGACAGACGAAUGAUAGACGACAGACAGCCGAGAGCCAAGAGACACUGAGGGAGCUAGUGACGACCGACACCAGGCGACAGACGACAGCAAGAGGGAGCUGGACGAUCGACACCAGGCGACAACAAGGAAGAGACAACAGAGAGACAGACGUUAAUAGCCUUCAGCUGCGUAGAAAACUGGUUUUUUUUUGGUCCACCAUGUGGCCACCAUGCCAUCUGCCAUGGCGCCAUGGCGGUUUUUGGCUUGCCCGCCAUGGGCCGCUAUACGCCAUUGAUAACACUGCUUCUAGCAAGCUGCAGAUAAUCAAUUUACCCUUCAGAUCUCAAAAUCAAGAUAUUCUAGGAUCAUACGGAGGAAGGCUAUCAAGGCCUCCAAAUGGAGAAAGUAACUAUGAAGAAGCUGUUGAGUUUGAUCCAAUUCAGUACCACAAUUACUUCUGUCCUUGGGUGAAUGGUAAUGUUGCUGCUGCUGGCUGUAGUAGUAGCAGUGGCUCCAGUUCCAAUGCUGGUGCUGUAGCUCUUUGUGGUUGGCAAUUGACUCUAGAUGCCUUGGAUGCCUUCCAAUCACUUGGACACCUCCCAAACCAAACUGUUGAAUCUGAAUCAGCUGCGUCUCUAUAUAAGUUUCUGAAAGCCAGGAUGAUCAUCUAA